AUGGUGUCCGGACAAGAGGUUGCCCUUGCGAGGGAGAUGACCUUCGAAAACAUUAUGCACAAGAAGACAGCCACCACACACGAGGGCUUCUCAGCCAUGCUGAAAAAGGACAAGGAAGCGCAGCAGGCGGCAGUGAGCGAGUACUUCCAACACUGGGACAACAAGGAGGCAAAGAGCGAGACAGAGGCCGACAGAGCAGCACGCACAAAAGACUACGCCAGCCUGACCCGGCAGUACUACAACCUCGCCACGGACUUCUACGAGUACGGGUGGUGCCAGUCCUUCCACUUCUGCCGGUUCGGCGCGCGCGAGGCCUUCAACGCCGCCAUCGCACGGCACGAGCACUACCUCGCACACAGCAUCGGCAUCCGCAAGGGGCAGAAGGUGUUGGACGUGGGAUGCGGCGUGGGCGGCCCAGCGCGGGAGAUUGCAAAGUUCACGGGCGCGUACGUCACGGGUAUUACCAUCAACGAGUACCAGGUGCAGCGUGCGGCGCGCUACGCAGAGCAAGAUGGCCUGGCGGGCAAUUGUCGCUUCAUCCAAGGGGACUUCAUGGACCUGCCGUUCGACGAGGGCACCUUCGACGCGGUGUAUGCCAUCGAGGCGACGGUGCAUGCGCCCAGCCUCGAGGGUGUGUACAGCCAGAUUUUCAAGGUGCUGAAGCCGGGUGGUGUGUUCGGGGUGUACGAGUGGGUUAUGACAGACGCAUAUGACAACGAUAAUGUUCACCACGGCCAGAUUCGCCUCGAUAUCGAGCAGGGCGACGGGAUUGCUAAUAUGGUCAAGGCCGAGGAGGCACUGCGUGCGAUCAAAGCCGCGGGAUUCGAGCUCGUCGAGGCGGAGGACCUUGCUGAACGUUUCCAAGAGGGCGCAGAGGGGUCGGAUCCGGCACCAUGGUACUGGCCUCUCGACGGCGCCGGCUGGAGGUAUGCGAACACCGUUGGUGAUCUGGUUGGGACCAUCAGGAUGACACGGUGGGGCCGUUGGGCUGCGCAUAACUUCAUGGCCGCCCUCGAGACAUUGAGGCUAGCGCCACCUGGGACGAAGAAAACGGGCGAUAGCUUAUCCAAGGCGGCAGAGGCCUUGGUGCUGGGAGGCAAGGAGAGGUUAUUCACGCCAAUGUUCUUGAUGGUAGCUCGGAAGCCGCUUGAGACGCCGGAAGCACUGAUUUAA